GGUGCAUGGGUGCAUGAGGAAGAGGUUACUGGCAUUAAAGUACAACCACCCCGAUUUAACCUGGACGCUUUCAAAGUGACUGCAGCCCUGCUGAAACAUUAACAACAGUAACAGCAGAGGAUCGGUUCAGGUUGUUGAUGAGCCGUCGGUAGAUGGUAAGAUGGUAGAAAUGGGCAACGAUCGCAAAGUGAUCUGCAUACUUUGUGAGAGGUCCGAGGAGACGAAGAUAAGCGGAGCCUUAUCCACUAAAGAUUAUAUCACCGCUCAUCAGAACUGUUUGUUAUUUUCUUCUGGUAUUUAUUGCCAGAAUUCACCACAGUUUGACGAUCUGUUUGGUUUUUCCGUGGACGAUGUGAUGGACGAGGUGAAACGUGGAAGCAAACUGGUUUGUUACCAAUGUAAGAAAAAGGGUGCCACUGCUGGAUGUGAAGUCAAACGUUGCAAGAAGUCCUUCCACUACCCAUGUGCUGUUCAAGAGGGAGCUCACAUUAUUGAAGAUGCAAAUGAGGGGAAAUAUGGGCUGUUCUGCUUCUCACACUACCAAAAACAAAGAAACAAGAGUUCCACAGAUGAACAUGACUUUACAAAGCUCCAAACAUCCAAAAAAUCCAGCAAAACUGCAUCAUCUAAGGUAUUUUGCCUUUCCUGUGAAAAAACUGAAGGAAAUAUCAGCUUGGACAGCUUGUCUAACAGAAUUAUUAUGUUAAAUUGUAACAAACAUGCUCCUCCAUCACAUAAGAAGAACGGCUAUGAUGAUUCUGUGGCGGCCGGACCGUCUGCUUGCAGCAGUGACUCAAGCUCAGCCAGCAGCCCUGUAUCUUCAAAGAGAAAGCUGAAUAUCAAUGACAAAGAGGAAGAGAGACCUUCUAAACGAAAACCUGAAGGCUGGAAGAGGAGAUUGUCAGACAAUUCUUCAGAUUCAGUUGAGAAUGAACCAAAUACCGAUAUGGCAAUGUUCGCGCCUUUAGAGUCAGAUUUAGACGAAAAUGCCAACUCUGUUCCAGAGAACCAAGAAAUCAGCUGA